CGUUUAUUUGACGUUCUACCGUCUCACCAACCUCGUUAUUAUUCUAUCGCUAAUUCUCCUCUUGUGAAUCGCGAUUCAUUUCAUAUUGCCUUUAACAUUGUAGAUUAUAAAACACCGGACCCUUAUGGUGUGCGCAAAUUUGGAGUUUGUACCCCAUGGCUGGAUAAUUUGAGUGGUCACGUUAACGAAUGGAAUAAAAGGUUUCCUUUGACCACAAAGAUAGACAUCCCUAUUUUCAUGAAACAAACCACUUACGGAUUUGCUGUUCCUUCAGAUAUUUCAAGACCUAUGAUCAUGAUCGGUCCUGGAACGGGUGUUGCACCUUUUAUUGGAUUUAUUCAACAUCGUGAACAGCAAAUUAUUGCUGAAAGACGAUCGGAUAAUAUUGAGAAAUCGUUGGGGGAGAUGUGGUUAUUUUAUGGGUGCAGAGAUAUUGAAAAGGACUAUUUGUAUCGUGAGGAAUUGGAAGGAUUUUUAAAACGUGGUAUUCUAAAAGAAUUAUUAGUUGCAACUAGUAGAGCACCAGACGCUGGAUUAAAUGGAAAUCCAAAGUAUGUCCAAGAUUUGUUGAGAAAGAGAGGUCAAGAAUUGUACGAAUUGUUGGAUCGAAAAGAUGCGAUGAUUUUUGUGUGUGGAGAUGCUCAAGGUAUGGCCAAGGACGUUAAUGAUGCUCUAGCCGAUAUUUUAGUUGAGUAUGGUAACAUGCAAAGAUCAGAUUCGUUGAAAUUGUUGGCUAAAUGGAUGAACGAUAGGCGUUAUUUACGAGAUUUGAUUAUUGAUCCACCAACACAACGUUCAACAAGCCCAACCAGCCCAAACGAAGACUCAGAUUCAGAUUCUUCAAGUGGAAGUAAUGGAACAAAUGUUUCUUCUUUGGAUGCGAUAUAUCUUACAACUUUAUUUCAAGAGAAUAAUAUUGAGGGAUUAACGAAUGAUGAUCAACAAUUCAUUAUGCAAUCAGAAAAAUUAUUAAAAGAAAAAUCUACCGCAGAAAAAUUGCAAGAGAUUUUUGAAUUAUCAAAUCCCGAACAACUUAAAGGAGAGUUUAGAUGUACUUUAUUACGAUCAAUCAUGUUACAAGGUUUCAUGUACCUUACGGAAAAUCACAUCUGCUUUCAUGCUUAUUUUCCAAGAGAACAGGAUAUUGUAUUGAAAGAUGGUAACCUCGCAAAGAAAACUUUUGGAAAUAGAUACGAACGGUAUCAUUUUUCACUUCAAAAUGAUGUGCUUACUUAUUACGUAGAUCCAAUGGAUAUGUAUUGUCCUGAAGAAAUCAUUGAUUUAAAAUAUGCUAUAAAAGCUGAAAGAAUUAAUAAAAAGAACGGAUUUAAGAUUAUCACGCCGAAGCGUACGUAUAAAUUUCAGGCUGAUUCACAAACUUCUAUGGAAGAAUGGAUAACCCAAUUAGAAAGAUCCAUAGUAAGAGCUAAUAAUGGUGGCGAUAACGUAAAGAUUGUUAUACCUAUUGAAAGUAUUGAAAACAUUCAAAAUAAUUUAUCCAUGAAUUUCUCAAAUACGAUACAAAUCGAUACUUUGGAACACGAUGAACGCGAAGAAUAUUUUUUUGCGUUCUUCUCGGAUAGUCAAUCUUUAUAUGAUACACUUGUUAAACUUUGGAAAGGUCACAAAUCAAAUGAUCUUAAACGGUCACGUUCAACAAACACUAGAUCGUUAUCCCCUGAACCAAUCACUCCUACAUCACUCAAAUCAGACUUCAUUGCGUUAAUAAAACAUAAACGUAGUAAAAGUCAAGAAUCUCCGGUUAAUUCAUCAAGGUCUAUACAAAAGCAAACAACUUUAGAACCUAUAUCGGCUUCUGAAACGACAGACAGUCAAUGGAAUGUAACAAAAUUUGUCUCCAGGCGUGCAAGAGUAUUUUGGAAAAAUCCUAAAAAGUAUUAUAGUUCUUUUGAUGAAAAUCCUUCGGAGGAAACUCGUCAACAUUUUAGGGAACAUUUUGCCUUAUCGGAACAUGAGAAGCUUUAUGCUGCAGAUAUCCAUUUCUUUAAAAAGACAAAGGCAACCAUGUUAGGAUAUUAUGGAUUGGAAAUUCUUACAAAGGCUCAACAAGAAAUGUUUUUUGAAUUUGGUUUUGAGCAUGUAAGGGAUAGAUUUGUCGAAAUGAUUGAACUUAAAUUGAAAUUACUUGGUAAAGGAAAUAAGAAGACAUCGUCAGGAAGUUCAUCUGAUAGUCAAAGUAUGAUCAAACAAGCUAUUAUCAAGGAUCAAUUGUUAUGGCAACAAUGGUCAGAAGUUAGUCCAACACCAAAGGCAUCAAAUUUUGGUGAGAUUGGAGCGAGCGUUUCCAAAAUCGAUAAACCAUUACACAUAACGUGCCUUACUAUUGGAUCACGUGGUGACGUUCAACCCUACAUUGCGCUUGCUAAAGGUCUUAUGAAAGAGGGUCACAAAGUUAGAAUUGCUACUCAUGAUGAAUAUAAAGACUGGAUCGAAGGUCAUGGUAUUGAAUUUGGUUAUGUCGGUGGUAACCCUGCCGAACUCAUGCGUAUUUGUGUUGAGAACGGCAUGUUUACUUUUGGCUUCUUUAAGGAAGGUCUCGUUAACUUCCGUGGAUGGUUGGAUGAUUUACUGAAAACUUCAUGGGAGGCAUGUCAGUCUCCUAGUGCUAUGGCUGGCAUUCAUAUUGCAGAAGCUCUUGAUGUUGCAUAUUUUCGUGCAUUUACAAUGCCAUGGACUAGAACAAGGGCUUAUCCUCACGCAUUCGCGGUUCCAGAUCAUGAUCUCAAGUCUCCGUAUAAUUAUUCAUCUUAUAUACUUAUAGAGAACGCUUUUUGGCUCGCAAUCUCCCCACAAAUAAACAAAUGGAGGAAGGACACAUUGAAAUUACGGAGCACCAAUUUAGAGAAAAUGGAACCUUCAACAGUUCCAUUCUUAUAUAAUUUCAGUGAACGAAUUGUUCCAAAGGCAUCCGAUUGGGCCGAUUGGAUUCACGUGACCGGUUAUUGGUUUUUAGAUAAUCCUGACCUCGGAUGGACACCACCAGAAGAUUUAUUGGAAUUUAUAGAUAAAAAUCGUGGAAAUAAAAAGCCAAUUGUAUAUAUUGGGUUCGGAUCAAUUGUAGUAGAUGAUCCACAGGCAAUGACAAAAUCAAUCGUAGAAGCCGUACAAAAAAGUAAAGUAGCAGCAAUUAUAUCGAAAGGAUGGAGCGAUAGAUUACAUCAAAAGAGAUCGGACCAGAAUGAGGAAGAAAAUUAUCCACCAUCAAUAUACCCGUUAAAAUCAGUACCACAUGAUUGGAUGUUUCCUCGGGUAGAUGCAGUGAUACAUCAUGGUGGUGCAGGUACGACAGCAGCAGGGUUACGUGCCGGUAUACCAACCAUUAUAAAACCAUUUUUUGGAGAUCAAUUUUUUUGGGGAGAUCGCAUCGAAAACAUGGGAAUUGGAUUUUGUUUGAAAAAAUUAAGCGUUGAUAAAUUUUCCGAUUAUUUG